GUGAGGCUGAACCGCCUACCAGCUCAAGUGUCCACCUUGCCCUAUUCCACCCUGCCCAGCCUAGCCAGAGAUCCUUGGAGACGGAACCCUCUUGCCUGGUGGCUGGACCAAGGGAGGCAGCCUUGGUACCAGCGGGCUCGUACUGACCAUGGUCCCUGCCUGGCUAUGGCUCCUUUGCUUCUCCGUCCCCCAGGUGCUCCCUGAGACCCAGAUUGCAGAGCUGCUUGUGGAAGUCCCAGAGAACUAUGGUGGAAAUUUCCCUUUGUACCUGACCAAGCUGCCACUGCCCCGUGAAGAGGCUGAGGGCCAGGUUGUGCUGUCAGGGGACUCAGGCAGGGCAGUUGAGGACCUCUUUGCAGUGGAUCCAGAGUCUGGCUUCCUGCUGGUGACCAGGGCCCUGGACCGAGAAGAACAGGCAGAGUACCAGUUACAGGUCACUUUGGAGACCGUGGAUGGACAUGUCUUGUGGGGCCCACAAGCUGUGCACGUGCAUGUGAAGGAUGAGAAUGACCAGGUGCCCCAUUUCUCCCAAGCCAUCUACAGAGCUCAGCUGAGCCAGGGCACCAGGCCUGGUAUCCCCUUCCUCUUCCUCGAGGCUUCAGAUGGGGAUGAACCAGGCACAGCCAACUCGGAUCUGCGAUUCCACAUCCUGAGCCAGGCCCCAGCCCAGCCUUCCCCAGACAUGUUCCAGCUGGAGCCUCAGCUGGGGGCUCUGGCCCUCAGCCCCAAGGGGAGCACCAGCCUAGACCAUGCCCUGGAGGGGCCCUACCAGCUGUUGGUACAGGUCAAGGACAUGGGUGACCAGGUCUCAGGCCACCAGGCCACAGCUACCGUAGAUGUCUCCAUAGUAGAGAAUACCUGGGUGCCCCAAGAGCCUAUCCACCUGGCGGAGAAUCUCAAAGUCCCCUACCCACACCACAUUGCCCAGGUACACUGGAGUGGGGGGAAUGUGCACUAUCGCCUGGAGAGCCAGCCCCCUGGGCCCUUUGAUGUGGACUCAGAGGGGAAACUCUACGUGACCAGUGAGCUGGACCGAGAAGCCCAGGCUGAGUACCUGCUCCAAGUGUGGGCUCAGAAUUCCCAUGGUGAGGACUAUGCAGAGCCACUGGAACUGCGUGUGGCGGUGAUGGAUGAAAAUGACAAUGUGCCUGUCUGCUCCCCACCUGGCCCCCCAGUCAACAUCCCUGAGCUCAGCCCCCCAGGUACUGAAGUGACCAGGCUGUCUGCAGAGGAUGCAGAUGCUCCCAGCUCUCCCAAUUCCCACAUUGAGUAUCGGCUUUUGAGCCUUGAACCCGAGGAAGGGACAGCAGGGAGAGCCUUUGAGCUGGACCCCACUUCAGGCAGUGUGACACUGGGGUCUGUUCCACUUCAAGCUGGCCAGAACACCCUGCUUCAAGUGCUGGCCAUUGACCUAGCAGGAGCAGAGGGUGGCCUCAGCAGCACGUGUGAGGUCACAGUCACAAUCUCAGAUGUCAAUGACCACGCUCCUGAGUUCACCACUUCCCAGAUUGGGCCUAUCAACAUUCCUGAGGAUGUGGAACCUGGGACUCUAGUGGCCACACUCAUGGCCACUGAUGCUGACCUUGAGCCUGCCUUCCGCCUCAUGAACUUUGCUAUUGAUGGGGGCAACAUGGAUGGGAUCUUUGGCUUGGAUUGGGAGCCAGGCUCUAGUCACGUCCAACUCCGACUCCUCAAGAACCUCAGCUAUGAAGAAGCUCCAAGUCACGAGGUGGUAGUUGUAGUGCAGAACGUGGCAGAGCUGGUGGGACCAGGCCCUGGCCCUGGAGCCACAGCCACAGUGACUGUGCUGGUGGAAAGAGUACUGCCACCCCCCAAGUUGUAUCAGGACAGCUACAAGACCACAGUUCCAGUCGGCACCCCAGCUGGUUUCCUCCUGCUGACUGUCCAGCCUGCAGACCCCAUGAGCAGAUCCCUCAGGUUCUCCCUGGUCAAUGACUCCGAGGGCUGGCUCUGCAUUGGGAAUGCCUCCGGAGAGGUGCGCACAGCUCAGUCUCUGCAGGGCACCCAGCCUAGGGACACAUACACAGUGCUUGUGGAGGUCCAGGAUGCAGAUGAGCCAAGUCUGAGCACCUCUGCAACCCUCGUGGUCCACUUCCUGAAGGCCCCUCCUGCCCCAGCCCUGACUCCAGCCCCUGUGCUUUCCCAACACCUCUGCACGCCCCGCCAGGACCAUGGGGUGAUUGUCAGUGGACCCAGGGAGGACCUGGACCUGGCCAGUGGGCAUGGUCCCUAUAGCUUUGCCCUUGGGCCCAACCCCACGGUGCAGCGGGACUGGCGCCUGCAGCCUCUCAAUGGUUCCCAUGCCUACCUCACCCUGGCCCUGCUUUGGGUGGAGCCACGUGAACACAUGGUUCCAGUAGUGGUCAGACACAAUGCCCGGAUGUGGCAGCUCCUGGUUCGAGUGAUUGUGUGUCGCUGCAACGUGGAGGGGCAGUGCAUGCGCAAGGUGGGCCGCCUGAAGGGCAUGCCCACGAAGCUGUCAGCAGUGGGCAUCCUCAUGGGCACCCUGGCAGGGAUAGGCUUAUUCCUCAUCCUCAUCUUCAGCUACUUGUCCCUGGCAAGGAAGAAGGACCUAGAUCAGCCAGCGGACAGCGUGCCCCUGAAAGCAGCCGUCUGAAUGGUCCAGGCACGCCUAGCUGGGAGCUUGGCCUCUAGCGCCAUCUGAGAAGGACGGGAGAAGGUCGAGCGCUGGAGAUCCAGCAGCGGCCAGGACAGAGUAGAAGCCUCACCACUUGCUCUCAGGUGGAGACACUGUAACCAGACACAUCCCAGAGCCUGAACACAGACUUUAAUGUGAUGCCCAUGGGAGUGCUCCAAACGGCAGCAUGUUUGUCCAAUAAUAAAACCUCGGAGAGCUGG